AUGAAUCUCAGUAUUUCCUUGUCAUUCGCCUUGAUCGGCCUUUGUGCCGUAAUCUACCGCGUGUUGCAGAUUGGCAAGCGGGAUCCUCGCAUGCCGAAAGGCCCCCCAACGGUGCCUAUCCUAGGCAAUGCCCACAUGCUCCCAACCACGGGACUCUACAAGAAGAUGAAAGAGUGGACAAAGACCUACGGCCCAGUCUUCUCCCUCAAGAUAGGACCCUCAAACACGGUGGUGCUCUGUGAUCGAAAAGCCAUCCAUCAACUACUGCUUGACGAGAAUCACUUUCGCGUGCAGGAGGCAGAGGCCACCGUGCUUAUGAGCAAUCUGUGCAACAACCCCGACAACUUCUACAGCGAGAUUCGCAGGUACACGGCUUCAGUAGUCACCUCCAUCACCUAUGGAUGCAGAGCCCCAACUUCCGACUCAUUCUGGUGCAAGUGGACUGCCGCGAUGGAGCCUGGAGCAAACCCUCCCGUAGAUGUCUUCACGUGGCUGCAAUACAUUCCCUCGUCGUUUGCUUUCUGGAAGCGUCGCGCCAUUGACGCUGGCAAGACUAUGGAUGGGACAUGGGGCGAGGCUCGUCGUCGAGUCGAGGAGCGCCGAGCAAAGGGUGAGAAGCGAAGGUGCAUCGUGGACACCCUCCUCGACGAGUACGAGAAGAAGGGGUGGCCCUCUUCGAUUCCCCAGCAUGCCUUUACGAACCUGCUUGGGGAGAUCAUUGAGGGAGGUGCCGAUACAACUGCCGCUCAGCUUCUGACCCUGAUUCUGGCAUUUGCCUUGCAUCCAGAGGUGCAGACCAAGGCCCGAGAGGAGAUUGAUGCCAUCUGCGGCACGGAAAGAUCGCCGCGAUGGGACGACUUUUCAAAGCUCCCUUUCAUCAACUGCAUAGUCAAGGAAGGGAUGCGAUGGAGACCUGUUGCCGUUACGGCGUUGCCGCACAAGGUCCGCCAAGACGAUGAAUACCAGGGCAUGUUGAUCCCCAAGGACUCCACCAUCUUCAUCCCGACCUGGGCAAUCCACCACAACGAGAACAUCUACAAAGACCCCGAAACCUUCGACCCGGACAGAUACGCCCAGCACCCAAGGCUAGCAAACGACUACGCUGGAAGCCCAGACUGGGCCAACCGCGACCACUACAACUACGGCGCAGGCAGGAGAAUCUGUCCGGGAAUCCACCUCGCGGAGCGCAACAUGUGGCGCAUCGCCUCCAAGCUCCUCUGGGCCUUUGAGUUUGCCGAGCCGACUGACCCCAAGACCGGCGAGGUUACGCAUCUUGAUCCUGAGGCGUAUAAUCCGGGGAUUUUGCAGGCUCCCCUUCCUUUCAAGGUCAGCAUCAAGCCAAGAAGCGAGGCACAUGUAGCGACAAUUCUCCGCGAGCACGAGGGGUCUCUUGAGUUUCUGAGUCAGUAUAGCUAG